CUCCCUCUCCAUUGGCUCUCCUCACGCUCUGCCUCUGGCUCUGCGCUCCUCUUUUACCCCAGACCAGCCUUCACACGCCAGAGUGCGUGCGCCAAACGUGUGUGGGUGAACAUCCGACCCACGCUGCCUGCAACCGGACUCGACUUCCCACGCUGCUCUAAACAGGAAAAAAAGAUGGAGAAAAAGAGCGAGAUCAACGGCCACGCCAUGGCCGGUUCGGCGUCCACCGACCGGAUCGUGGAGAAAAGCGCGCAGAAGAGCUUCAGAGAGAAGCUGCUGGAGUUUCUGAGGAAGAACCUGCUGGUGAUCUUGACGGUCUCCGGCGUGCUGGUGGGCGUCGGGCUCGGGAUGAUGGUCCGCAACAUGAGCCUGACCAAGGCGCAGAUGACCUACUUCGCCUUCCCCGGAGAGAUGCUUCUCCGGAUGCUGAAGAUGAUCAUCCUGCCCCUGGUCGUCUGCAGCCUCAUCUCAGGCGCCGCCAGCCUGGACACCCGCUCCCUGGGCAAGCUGGGGGGCAUCGCUGUCGCCUACUUUCUGGUUACCACGUUGAUCGCCUCAGGGAUUGGGGUGACUCUGGCCUUCAUCAUCAAACCAGGAGUGGGCGCAGGAGCCCUGAACACCAACAAUCUGGGACUGGAGAGCGUCAGCAGCAACAAGGAGACCACCGACUCCUUCUUAGAUCUGGCCAGGAAUUUGUUUCCAGCAAACUUGGUGGCUGCUGCUUUCCGUUCUUAUGCCACUGACUAUAAGAUGGUCGCUGUAGGAAAUGACACUAAUGGGACCGUCCUCUACCAAAAGGUCCCUAUUGGCACAGAAACAGAUGGCAUGAACAUUCUUGGUCUGGUAUUAUUUGCCAUGGUGUUUGGUGUGGCGCUGCGGAAACUGGGAGAGGAGGGAGAGGAACUCAUUCGUUUCUUCAAUGCUUUCAACGAGGCCACUAUGGUGCUGGUGUCCUGGAUCAUGUGGUAUAUCCCCAUUGGCAUCAUGUUCUUGGUGGGUAGUAAGAUCGUGGAGAUGGAAGAUGUGGUUCUUCUGGUCACUAGUCUGGGAAAAUACAUCUUUGCUUCGAUCCUGGGCCACAUCAUCCACGGAGGCAUUGUCCUGCCUCUUAUCUACUUCGGCUUCACACGCAAGAACCCCUUCAGUUUCCUGUCAGGCCUCAUCACACCCUUCACCACAGCCUUCGCCACCUGCUCCAGUUCAGCAACUCUUCCCUCCAUGAUAAAGUGUGUGGAGGAGAACAAUGGUGUGGACAAACGCAUCAGCCGCUUCAUCCUACCCAUUGGGGCCACAGUUAACAUGGAUGGAGCUGCCAUUUUCCAGUGCAUCGCCGCAGUUUUCAUCGCUCAGCUCAACAAUGCUGAGCUGAAUGCCGGACAAAUCUUCACCAUUCUGGUGACAGCCACAGCCUCCAGUGUUGGUGCUGCAGGUAUCCCUGCCGGCGGCAUCAUCACCAUCGCCAUCAUCCUGGAGGCCAUCGGCCUGCCGACCAACGACCUCUCCCUCAUGCUGGCGGUUGACUGGAUUGUGGACCGUACCACUACGGUUGUGAAUGUGGAGGGUGAUGCUCUGGGUGCAGGAAUCCUCCACCACAUCAACCAACAGGAGAUGAAGAAGCAGCAGCAUCAGGAGGAGGAGCUGGCGGAGGUCCGGGUGGAGGCGGUGGCAAACGCCCAGGCAGAGGAGGAGACAUCGCCACUCGUCACACACCAAACCAAAGCCCUAGAAGCCACGCCGGAAGCCAUCGAGUCUGUCUUGUGAACUCAGCAAGACUUUCUUGCUCCUUGACCUUUUGACAUCUCUGACAUUGCUGCUGAUGGGGCACUGUUGUGACUCUGUGUCCUUUCAAAAAAGGAAAAAAGAAAAAGAAAGUCACUGAUGAUUUCCCUUGUGCCAUAGGUACAGUCUGUCUACAGCAGAGACAGUCCACAGUGCACCUGGUGCUACUGUUGUUUUUCAGUUAUGUUUCCAUCAAAACAUUUUAACUCAAAUUAGAUUUUAAUGAACUUCACAAUUGUUUAUAUUCUUCAUAUUUCCUCAGUUAUUUAAGUCAAAUUUUUAGGUAUUUUUGAAACAUUUUCAUUGAAGGAUUUUGCCAUAAGCAUUGCUGGAAACAAACUAAAAUAGGCGUAAAACAUUCCCAUAAAUAUGAUAGUUCUGUUUUUCUCUUGUGCUGUAUAAGACACUCAUGGCCAUAAGUUUGUAUAUUAGAGUAUCAUCAUGUGCAUUUCUUUGUUUUUAUCUUCAGACAGCAAAUAUCAUGACCAACAUAACUGUAGAACACUAACAACUUGCCAAACAUAUUGUCUAACAAAAGCUUGACAGUGUCUGUCAAAACCUAAUGACGCAGUGGAUCACUUUGUGUCAGCUGGUAGGAUAGUUUGUAUUUGCGUUUUACUUGUUAAGCCUAUUUGCUGUUCCUUCUGGAUGGAAAAAAACUAAUUAUUUGUUGCAAAGUCACCUUAGAUUGAUGUGUGGACUAUUUGUUCCCACUUUUCAAACAGUUUUUUUUUUUUGCCAUAAUCCGGAGAGAUGUUUAGAAGGUAUGUGAGGACUCAUGUUUGCUGACUGUCAACAGAUGAUGUCAAACAUUAACUCUUCAAAUGACAGGUUAAGUAUUUGGCCUAUUUUCUGGAUCAUUCUCUUGUAAUGUAUUAGGGACCCACUGGCCCAGUGUGGUAAAGCAAUUUGAACAUUGCACCAUAAGUAUUACCAUUAUGUUCUCUUGGGAAAACCCACUGAUACAACUUAUACUACUAUUUAACCCUGAGUAAAGACACAAACAUGUCUAAUAUUAGCUUCUUGGUUCCUGGCUGUUCCCAAACAUUUUCAAAGCUUGUUGCUAUAAUUUUGUAGUGGCAGCAGACUGUAGCUGUUUUACAGAACAUCUGUACACCUGCCAUGCCAGUUAGCUCUCACAGCUGCAUUUAUGCAUAAGCUCAUUUUGAAUCAGGAGAAAAUAAUAUGUUUUUAGGCUUUUUUUAAAAAAAACAAAAUGCUAUAAAACAGUCAAUUAAUGCUUGUCUGUAUUGGUUAAACUAGUUAUUACUAGUUGCUGUUGAGAAGUCUGUCUGAAAGUAACUAGUUUGGUUUGAGUUUUUAGCCAGCUAAAGCUGUGCUAGCAUGAUGUGUGCAUAGCUAAUGUUCAGGUGUUUAGACAACAGCCAUGGCUAGCUAAUUUGAUAUGUUAGUUAAAUAGUAAUUGUAACAAAUUCAUAAGGUAUAAUAAGGUGUGAAAACAUUAAUUUAUAGUACAAAGGGUAUUUCCCAGUCAAAAAUAUACACAAAACUAACAAGAAACUGCCAAAUAGGAGCUGCUAAAGAGCAACCUUAUAGUGUCGCCCUGAAGUUGAAGACUUCCAGCGUGACCACAAGGAUGAGUUGUUGACGCUACUGAAAACACAUUUACGGUGUGUAAUAACAGUUAAUUUAACAUUAGCUUGCAAGUACUGUACACAGUUGCUUGACAUCAUGAAAACACUCCAGUCUCCCUUUUUAUCAAAGAACCGAUAUCUGAUUUACAGAUUUCAGUAAGUCAAUAGUUCACAGUAUUUUGUUUGAGAAAUCACAGCACAUCCAUUGGAAAUUUUCUCAAAAAUCUAAUGUUUACACUCAAAUACUGGACCAAAAUGCACGAUGAAGUCACAUCUUAUUGAAUGUCACUAUUUUGUGAAUCCAUCCUAUGAUUUCGGGGUGAUUGUUUUCAUUGGUGUCUUCGAGGUUUGACGUGGACCUACAGUGGAAGUUAUAUGAAGUAUAUUUAUCUUUGUAUUUGGACAGUUUGUGAGAGUAGAGGUGACAGUUCAGUGCAUCCAAAGUUCUGUCACAUCAUCUGGAUCUUGUCUUUCUCACUUCCCGGUUAUCAUGAGCUCACUGACUCACACUCAAAGCAUAUUUUUUUCAAUCAGUGUGAUCAAUGAUUGUCUGUGGUUGUGAGACCAUUUUAAAGGGAAGGUGGAUCAUUGCCAUAAUCACAGCUCAUUUUUUAAAGAUUUUUUGUAAGGUGUAGAUAGUUCUCCAAAUUACUGAGUUGUGCUUUUCCUUGAUCUAGGAAAAAGAGAAACUUUGAGAGCACCUGCUACUGCUGGUGUCCACACAGGGCCACGUGUGGUUUGACAUGAAGGACACUGUGCCAAGUCAGCCAUGAUUUAGCUGCAGACUGACGGGAUGAGCCUGUGCUGCUCUCUAGUGGCAUUAAUGUGAAAUUGCUUAACUGAGUGUCUUUCUUGUGUUUGUCUGGAACACCUGGCAUAUCAGUAGUAAUAUUUCCUAUUUAUUUCAUCUGUUAUUUAACCUUCGUCGGCAGCAGCUGGUGAUGAGGCUGUUUUGUCUUGUGAUAUUUUAUUGUGUUUUAAAGUGAAGACCACUAGUAGGUUGGGCAUCUUUACCAUGUGUGAAAUGAGCUCAUCCAUGCCAUUGUCCCCUUAUGCUUCAUCAUGAUGGGGUGGUACAGCCUUGUCUGCCGAUCGCAGUUACGAAUCUGUCUGAUUUAAUAAAGUAGUAUGUUUAACAAUUUCAUUAAACAUUUCUCAGAUGACUUUUCUAAGCUAACAACUGCUCAGUUAACCUAAGGCUUCUGACUAAGUCUGUAUAAUAUACUGAAUCUGGUACAAUAACAUGGGAUUAUAUAUAUUGUGUGACACACACACACACACACACACACACACACACACACACACACACACACACACAGAGAGAGAGAGAGACACAUUUGAUAUUAAUUUAUUGUAAUUCAUUUUAUUUUUGUAUUCUUUGUACUUUCUCCUCUUAACACUUUCAGUGUCAGAAUUUUUAUUACGGUACACUUUUUAAAAAAUAAAUUCUUCUGCUAAUGUUCUUGAUAACCUGCUAUUAGAAGUACUUUAAUUUGAGGUGUUUUUUUGUUCCUUAGAAAAGCUGCUACCCUGCUUGUACCAUGUUGAUGUCUAACACUGUCUAUUUGCUGUUGGUCCUGCUGUCUGUCAACAAUAAAGCUGAUUUUUUUCAUGCAA